GGCCGACCGGAAGUGUGUAGGAUUUCCUAUCGCUUCCUCUCCUUCGCCUCCUCGUCUCCUCUUAAAAUUCGUCUCUGUGAAGCACAGCGAGAGAAAAACGUAUUUCAUCACCGUUUCUGUCGAAGGAACAACCCGUUACAGAGACGGACUGUACCGUCAUGGCGGCGGACAGGCAUAUUUAGGCAAAAGAGAAGUCUCAGGACAGGAUGCUCAUCAGACUGCAGGCACCAUGAGGUGACGACUGUGACAUCUUGUAUUAUUGCCUACCAGGACAUAUGGCAAGGAUCACGUUUUCCUGCCUGCCGGCCUCCUGGUACUGCAGCGUGUCCCUGUUGUCUCUGGGCUGCGCUCCCAGGCAGAGGGUGCUGCUGCUGCUGCUGCUCUUCAUCACCUCUGCCCUACUCCUCUUGGGAACCUACCAGAGGCAGCUGUGGGGCCCACAGCGACGGCCCGGCUCCCAAGUCAACAAGUACCUCUCCAUCGCAGAGUCCAUGGAGUCUACUGACGUCCUCAACCCCGCUCUGAAUUAUGGGAUCGUGGUUGACUGUGGCAGCAGUGGCUCUCGGGUCUUUGUGUACUACUGGCCCCCCCACAACGGGAACCCUCACACCCUGCUGGACAUCAAACAGAUGAGGGAUCGCGACCGCAAACCAGUCGUCAAGAAGAUCAAACCUGGUAUCUCCACCCUGGCAAACACACCAGCGCAGGCCAGUGACUACCUCCAUCCGCUCCUCAGCUUCGCUGCUGCUCACGUCCCAGGGAACAAACACAAAGAGACGCCACUCUACAUCCUCUGCACUGCUGGCAUGAGGCUGCUGCCGGAGAGCCAACAGGCGGCCAUCUUGGAGGACCUUGUCACUGACGUUCCUCUGGAGUUUGACUUCCUGUUCUCCCGUUCCCAUGUUGAGGUCAUCUCUGGGAAACAAGAAGGAGUGUAUGCAUGGAUUGGCAUUAAUUUUGUGUUGGGUCGCUUUGAUCAUGCUGAUGAGGAGGACGCCACAGUUGAGGUGACGACAGGGUCUCAGAACCAGCAGCCAAUCAGCAGGCGGCGCACAGUGGGUAUCAUGGAUAUGGGUGGAGCUUCACUGCAGAUCGCCUAUGAGGUGCCCGGCACCAUCACCUUCAGUUCACCACAGGAAGAGGAGGCAGGGAAGAGUGUUCUGGCUGAGUUUAAUCUGGGCUGUGAUGUUGAGCACACACAACAUGUUUACAGAGUCUACGUCACCACGUUCCUCGGCUUCGGAGGAAACAUGGCCAGACAGCGCUACGAGGACCAGCUGGUCAACAACACCCUGGCCAAGAACAGGUUUCUCACCACACAGACAGGCCUGAGUGAGGACAAACCGUACCUGGACCCCUGUCUGCCAGUCAGUCUGUCGGACACAGUUGUGAGGGACAACCACACGCUGUACCUGAGGGGUCAGGGCGACUGGACUCGGUGUCAAGAGGCCGUACGACCCUUCCUGGGCCUCCACAACGGUACCAUGUCACCAGGGGGCGUCUACCAGGCUCCCAUCAACUUCAGCAACAGCGAGUUCUACGGCUUCUCUGAGUUUUUUUACUGUAUGGAGGACGUGCUGAGGCUGAGAGGACAGUAUGACAGUGAGAAGUACUCCAAAGCUGCUACGGAGUACUGCUCCACCAAGUGGUCGACACUGAAACAGCGUCUGGACAACAAGCUUUUCUCUCAGCAGGCCGACGUCAGCAGACUCAAGUAUCAGUGCUUCAAGUCAGCCUGGAUGUACGAAGUGUUGCACUCAGGCUUCCGCUUCCCCACCGACUAUCCAAGUCUGAAAACUGCCCAGCUGGUUUAUGACAAGGAGGUCCAGUGGACUCUGGGAGCCAUCCUGUUUAAGACCCGUUUCCUGCCUCUCAGGGACCUGCAGCAGGAAACACUGCGGCAGAACCACCCCAGCUGGCUACGCUCCUCCUUCGUCUACAACCACCACCUGUUCUCGCUCUGCAUCCUGGUGGUGGUGCUGGCAAUCCUGCUGUACAUCCUGCGCCUGCGGAGGAUCCACCAGCGGGAGCAGCGGCAGGCCGAGGCGCUGAACCUCCUCUGGGCCGAGGAGGGAGAGGCCCUCCUCCCCUGAGAGAUGUGUCUGUGAUGGAAGGUUCCAGACUGAUAACCUGCAGGGCCUGGUGUCCUCAAUGACCACAGUACUGAAGAAUGUGAGUGUGGAGAACAGAUGAGAAAACUUCCCAUAAGCUAAGGGUGUGACUCAGCCACCGAGAAAUAUGGGUAGAUUUCAUUGCGUGGAAAAACAUCACCGUACAGAGACAGUUUAAUGAGCCUGGAAAUCAAACUCCUCUGUAUAUUCUUUGAUCGUGCAGCUUUAAACACAGAGCCUAUCUCAGACUGGAAAGAUGUUCUCUGUGAUCACUUUCUUCUUUGGAAGAAAACAAUCAGCUUGGCCUAACAGGACAGACCAACUAUCAUUAGUUUGCUACCCACUUCUCUCAUCAUCCAAAGCCAUGUUGUUGUGCAGGUGCUCAUCUCAGUUUAAUGGCUGUCUGGACAGUUAGCCUGGAUUCAGCGCGCUGAUAAAUGUCGUAACUGCUGAGCAAGAAGCCAGAGGUGGUAAUGAUCCCCACCAGAGGAAAUUUAGCAAAGGAAGAUGGAUUUAACUUUGGAGACUGUUCAACAACCAUUUAGGAGAAGCUGUCUGAAGGCACAUAAGAUGGAAAUGUAACUCAUCCACCAUUAGGAUUCAUAUGUUUCUUUGCUACCAGUGUGGCUCUGCUGAAGGCUAUGCUGUGAGACUAUAUUUCAACAAAUCAAACGACCAAGUAAUUUAGCAGUGACAUUCAUUUUCACAAGAGAAUUAAUCCUAAGGACUUUUGUGACGCGUAAUCAAGUAAAGUCCAGUACUUCAGUUCAUGACAGGAUACCUCCAGAACAAAUCCAGUUUGCCUCAGCUGUACUUUGAGUUUAAGGCCAACAUAGCAGACAGUGUUUAUGUCAAAUGGGAUGGAUGAUAGAGAUUGGGAUGAUUCCCACGUUCUAGACUUCGAGCGUUCACGUCAUUGGAUACAAGGCAUUUGUAUGAAUGUUGAGUUAGUCAUUUGACAGUUCAAAGUACAGUGCAUUGACAGUAUAACACUGAUUUAUUGAACAGUAUUACUUUACCUUUGGGUUUAAUUAACUUGAAUGACUCAGUUGAAGCCUGAUAUAUCGCAGCUGUCAGAAAAAUCAGUUUCCCAGUUGUAGUUUGGAUGGAUUGGACAUUGAAAACUGAUGUUAAUUACACUAACGACAUGACGUGAAUGUGGCAUAACAUACUAACUGUAAGACCGUUACCCUGCCAGCCUCACUGCAUGUUAAAAUGCUAACCCGCCGGUAUUAAAAGAAAUGUUUGCAUCGUUAGUCCUAUAACAGGACUGUGAUGGAACUUUUAGCAUGUUAGCAUGCUAAUAAUAGCUAAUUGAAUAUUAACAUGAUAAUGAAGCUUAAAGGGACAGUUCACCCCAACAUCAGAAACAGAUAUUUUCUCAACCGUGGUGCUAUUUAUCAAUUUAGAUUGCUUUGGGUUGUUGAGUGUUGAAGAUGUCUGCCUUCUCUCCAGUAUCAUGAAACUAGAUGGCGCUCAUCUUGUGGUGCUCAAAGUGCCAACAAAUACUUUUGAAAACUCAGCAGCAAUGUCUCUUUCCAGAAAUCAUGACCUGGUUACUGAAGAUAAUCCACAGAACUUGUUGUAAAUGAACUGCACUUACAUAGUGCCUUUCUAGUCAUUUGAUCACUCAAAGCGCUUUUUACACUACGAGCCACAGUCAUACACUGGUGACCAAGGCUACCGUACAAGGUGCCACCUGCUACUCAGUUUUUAACAUACUCACACACCGAUGGAACAGCCAUGGGGAGCAAUUUGGGACUCAGUAUCUCGCUCAAGGAUACUUCAACAUGCAGAUUGGUGGAAUUGGAGAUCAAACCACUGAUCUUCCAAUCUUCCGAUCUUCCGACCUCCUCUACCUUGUGAACAGUUUCAUGCAGGAACUAUUUUCUUUCCACUGAACUACCCCUGCCAAAAAAAAGCAUGCAUCUACUCAUGGACAAGAGGCUUAUGCUCGUGAUAGCACGAGAUGUCACGAGAAAUUAUCGUUGUCCUCUUCGGCUGAGCUGUAACAUUAGCUAGCUCAGUGGUGCUAGGUGAGCUAACAGUAGAUGCACUCUUCCUUCUGCACAGCUGUAGUGUAGUGGCGAGUCUAGUUCGUCAGAAAGAAAUUCCUACAUGAAACUGCUCACAACAAGGUCUGUGGAUUGUCAUGAGCAACCGGGUCAUGAUUUCUGGAAAGAGACAUGGUGCUUUACACACUACAAGCUGAGUGCCAUCUAGUUCUGUUACACCAGAGAGAGGGCAGACAUCUCUAUGGUCGAUAUCUCCAACACUCUGAAACUCACACCAAAACAAUCUAGGCUGAUAAAUAGCUCCACAGGUUAGAGGAAACGUGUAUUUUUGAUUUGGCUGUGAACUGUCCCAUUAGGGUACAGCUGAGUUCAACAAAGUCCCACUGAGACUAAAGAAAUCUGAGCCUCACAAAAUGGCCGCCGCACAGGUGUUCAGGUAACAACGGUUUCAUUCAGGUCUCCCUCUAAUUUUCUUCCAUUUAACAUCUUUGAUUGAGGAUAGUUACCUGCCAAUGUUUGUAUAAUUCCCUAAACAUUAUGUUGCAUCUCCUGUGCUCCAUUUUUGUCCAGAUGUGUCUUUAUGUAAGUGUGUCCCUCCCUUCAACAUGUACAUGUGAUGUUUGAGUAUCUUCAUCUGGUGACAGGUAACAGAUUUAAACAUGAAAGUCCCACCCCCAAACAGAAAGUAGAUGUGAAGAAGCUUCACUCAGCUGGAAACUGAUUUUUAUUUCACUUUCAAUCUUAGUGAUCAAAAUCAUUUUACCACCGUCUAGCAGCUGAAAUAUUCACACCCCAAAAGUGAUUUAGCGUGAUUACACUCCGGUGCGAGGUGAUAUCAUGAGUGCAGCAGUGCUUUUCGAAAGCAGCCCUGCAGCCCGAUGAUGUCAGCCGCAGAGCUCCGGGGCCUCAGAUUGUGCUUUGAUACUUGAAUGCCACUGUUGUCCUGCCAAGACCUCCGUCCAGCUCAGAUGUUUAUCAGAGGAAAGACAGAGCCAAGAGAAAUUUUAGCUGAAAUAAGCUGAGAGAUCUGCGCAGUGUUUAGAUGAAGGCGCUGAAAGCAGACAAAGGCCCUGGAGGCCUGAAUUAAACAGAUGCCGUCUGAUUUCUGAAUGCAAUGUCUCCACGAAAGGAAGAAACGUGUCUAAUGUCACAAGACAAAAUGGAUGCUGGGACAUGCAAAUAAAGUACAGCAACGAUCUCAAUAUGUGAUAAAUAACUAAUAUGGUUUUCAAAAUGAAAAACUUUAAAGCCAUUCUUGAGGAAAAAAAGCCUUACCCUCAAAAAAAGAGGGUCUAUUUUAAUCAGUUUUUACACGUACUGUAUUUCAGAGCUGUAAAUGAAGCCACUGUUUUGGCCGUUUUGUUUUUUCUAGUGAGUCUUGGCAUCGUGUCAUGUGCUGACAGAUUGGUACAGCUGUGCAGCAGAGUAUGACGAUGCAAAUAUGUGUCUGAGGGGCACCUGGUGAAACUUCCUGAGAAGUUAAAUAAUGUGUCGAUCCCACAGUGGGAGAUUUUUUUUUAACGUCCAAAAUUCUGAUUUGUAAUUAAUUCUCGCUGAUUUCAGUGAGAGGUGUGGAGCAUGAUUCAUCGCACAAAAUGAUGAUGACUCUAUUGUUUCAAAAGAGAGAGCUGUUGUGCUGGUGUGAAUGUUUGGCUGUUGAAAGAGAGGAGAGAUUUCUGCAUCUCAUAAAUGUGUUUCCACUUGUGCUAAAUAUGAUCUAUACACACACACUCGGUCUUUUCUAUUCAUCCUGACACAGAUGAGUUCUGACACGUCCUUGUCAAGCUGUCAGUGUGUGUUUGUAACCUUUGUCUCGUCAUCUGUGCCGCAAACAAUACUUUCACUUGUGAAUCCUGGAGUUAACAGCAGCCAACGGUCUGAAAUGUAAACGCUGACAGAGUUAUUUCUGUUGAAUUUCUGAUGCCGUCACAUACUUCACACUGUAAGCUUACUGUGGACCUCUUUCUGAUUCAUCCUGAUGUGGUUUCCAGGAUUUUCUGCUGCUCCUCUGAUGUUUUUGACUCCUGACUGGGGACCAGUGGUUGAGUGUGUCUUUCCAGAGCUGGGCUUUGUGCAAUGUUGAACAGUAAUUCACUGACUUGACUUUGAUGUUUUUAAUUAGGGUACCUUUUUAACAUCAAUGUGAAUAGAAAUAAUUCCAAUCCAAUAAAGAUCCCUUUUGUAAUGA